GCGCAGACGGGUUAGGGGAGCCAACAUGCCAGUGGUCCGGAGCUGGGUUUGUCGCAAAACUUACGUGACCCCGCGGAGAUCCUUUGAGAAAUCUCGUCUCGACCAAGAGCUGAAGCUGAUCGGCGAGUAUGGGCUCAGGAACAAACGUGAGGUCUGGAGGGUCAAAUUUACCCUGGCCAAGAUCCGCAAGGCCGCCCGGGAACUGCUGACGCUUGAUGAGAAGGACCCACGGCGUCUGUUCGAAGGCAAUGCCCUGCUGCGGCGGCUGGUCCGCAUUGGGGUGCUGGAUGAGGGCAAGAUGAAGCUGGAUUACAUCCUGGGCCUGAAGAUAGAGGAUUUCUUAGAGAGACGCCUACAGACCCAGGUCUUCAAGCUGGGCUUGGCCAAGUCCAUCCACCACGCUCGCGUGCUGAUCCGCCAGCGCCAUAUCAGGGUCCGCAAGCAGGUGGUGAACAUCCCGUCCUUCAUUGUCCGCCUGGAUUCCCAGAAGCACAUCGACUUCUCUCUGUGCUCUCCCCAUGGGGGUGGCCGCCCGGGCCGCGUGAAGAGGAAGAAUGCCAAGAAGGGCCAGGGUGGGGCUGGGGCUGGGGACCACAAGGAGGAGGAUUAAGCCCACCUGUCCCUC